UGACAGACGUGAUGUUUUUUGAUGGAUGACCCCCGAAGCCCACAGUUAUCCAACGGAUGACGGGUAUUCUAGUAUCAACAUUGCAACGGUGACUGUUAAUAGAAACGUUUGUUCACGUGACAAAAAAGGUACAAAAUGGCGGACAGUCUGAAUCCUUUUAUCGAUUCAGCUGUUCCCGAUGUUGAUAUGGAAGAGGAUAACGAUUUUGUUGCUGAUUUUUCAUCACGCCCUGUUCACAUACAGCGCGCAGAAAACAUAGACAUAUCAUGGGACAGUGUUGCAGCAAAGCUACUAAGAGAUAAUUACAUUUUAACCGCCUUAGAACUUUAUACGGAAUUCAUUGAAUCAGGAAGAGAACUUCCAAGGCUCCGAGACUACUUUUCAAACCCUGGAAAUUUUGAGAGAACAAAAGAAGAUUUGCCUUCGCCAACUUUGCCUCGAACUUCCAGUGUUCAAACAUUUGAUUCUCUUGACUUUGCCCGUUAUUCUGAUGAUGGAGAAAGACAAGUGGACGAGAGGGUGGCAGUGCUUGAAUUUGAGCUGCGGAAAGCUCAGGAAACAAUCAAAUCACUGAGAGCCAGUCUCACUCAACAAGCAGAAACAGAGUUAUCAUCUCCAGAAAGUCAAUACAAAGGGGGUCCAAGUGGAGAGACUAGUGAUGUUAUUACACCAGUUGAGAAAAAAGCUCUUAACUUUUUAGUCAAUGAAUAUCUGUUACAGGCAGAUUACAAAGUAACUUCAGUAACCUUUGCAGAGGAGAAUGAAGAACAGGAUUUUGAAGAUUGGGAUGAUGUAGGCAUUAACAUUCCAAGACCUCCUGGUCUGGUACAUUUGUUUAAAGAUUAUAGUAGUCAUGUUGCUCCAAGCAAAGAAACAUCCGAUGUUGGAAUCAGCGUGGACAUUGAGAGUGAGCACCUCAGCCAACUUGAAGCUGAUUGGAGGGAGAGAACUCAAAGCUUGGAAUCACAGAUAGCAACAUUAGAUAAACAGCUGAAGUUGUCGGCACAGGAGAAUGAGAUCUUAGCCCAGCAAGUUGACAUUCUCAAAAUAGGUAAACCCCUGGAAUCUCCCCCCCAUCAAAGUUGGGCCACCCCUGAAGGAUCUGCCACACAGACAAGCCCACAUGUCAGUGACAAGUGUAACCAUAGUCUGGUCAAUGGGAGCAGCCAAGAUGGGCAUAGAUCUGAUAGACUUGACAGUGUGGGGCCACAUGCACACAGUAGAGUGGGGGAUACAGUGGACUCAACCUCUAGCGUUAUAGGGGAGAGAGAGGAGGGGGAGGGGCAGGAGGAGGCAGAUAAAAGACAAGUGGCAGCAAGUCUUGCAGAACCUGUCACAAAUCACGACCAGAGUGAGCGAACAGAUGACCACUCCAGCCAAUUAGGAAACAGGAAAAUGACUGCAUCAUUCCGUAAAGCCCUUCUGGACGUUGCAUUCCAUGUUUCCCUAGACAACCGUAUCGUUUCUGAGAUGUCAAAAAUUAACCACUCUGAUGUGCAUGGAGUUGUGAAAAUGUUGGGAAGAUGCCUACCUCACAUAGUUCCUAAUGUCCUUCUUGCCAAGAGAGAGGAGCUGAUACCGGUCAUCUUGUGCACGGCUAUCCUUCACCCUCAACCAAAGCAGAGAGAUCAGUUGCUGAAUAUCUUGUUUAACCUGAUCAAGAAGCCUGAUGAUGAACAAAGGCAAAUGAUCCUGACAGGCUGUGUUGUUUUUGCUGAGCAUGCUGGGGCAGAUAGACUGGUGGAGGAACUUCUACCUCAAUGUUGGGAGCAGAUAGGUCACAAGUUUGUUGAAAGGCGUCUUUUGGUGGCAGAAGCUUGUGGUGCUCUAGCGUCUUACCUACCAGCUGAGAUCCGCAGCUCCCUGGUCCUGUCAAUGCUGCAGCAGAUGAUGAUGGACGACAGAGAUGAGGAGGUCAGAGAGGCUGUGGUCAAAAGCCUUGGGCUUCUCAUGGGCUUUAUUUGUGAUGCUGACAAAUACAUGCAGGGCUAUGAGCUGCUAAUGACGGCACUGAAAGACUCAAAAGAGAAGGUCCACAGGGCAGCGUUACAUGUCUUCUUGCCAGCCUUGGGCAUGUGGUCCAGGGAGCUGGGGCGUCUAGAGCAUCACCUCAUCCACAACCUGCUCAAACACCUGGAGGACACAGUUAAGGGAGCUGUGGCAGCACAGAAGGUCAAUAGUUCAACCUCGCUGCCUCUCAAUGAGAGUAAGUUUCUCUUGCUGCUCAACACACUGGAGGAGUUGAUUCCCUUGUUGUACCUGACUGUGGUUGAGACCUGCCCCACCUCUAAAAACUACACGGAUGAGGUUCAUGUGGAAUUGACUAGGUUCCCUGGGUCCAGCUGUCCACUAAGUGACCUUAUAGUGAUGUCUGGCGGAGAGAGGGCUCUGGUCCAGUUGGUGACUAAGUUUGAAGGCCACAUUGGUCAGGAGUGGUUUGAACCUUGGGAGGAAAUGAAUUGGAUUGUAAAUAACAUGCUACCCCGGCUACUUGAGGUUGUGAUGAGUAUAGGACUAGCCAUGCAGAAAGUGGUACAUGCCCUUUGCCAAUUCACCUUUCGAUUAUGUCGAACGUUUGGUCGCACCUUUACAGAGAAAAAGGUGAAAUUAAAGUUUGAAGAACUGGUCACAGUUACAGAGGAUGAAUUAGACCCACAAAUUAAACAAGGCCAGCUGGCAAUAACCACAUGCAUUGUUCCUGUGUAUGCAUCAGGCGUCCUCAUGUCUUUCGUCACUGAUGAAGACAAGAGUCGCUUGAGUAUAUUCUUGAAAAGAGUUUUGUGUACUUUAGCCUUCUGUCAGACAUCUUUAGAUAGUUUGAGAGUAACUCUUGUGGAAUUGAGCGAGAAUCCCUCCAACCAUGAGCUGCUGUUGUCUGUCUUAUGGGAAGGUGUUGUCCACUCGUCAGCGCAGGUCAGACAAGCAGCAGCUGCCCUGUUUGAGCUGAUGAUCAAAGGUGUGAGUGACUCCCUGAUCUCAUCCAGAGUUGUCCCAGCUCUAGUCACAUUAUCCAAUGACCAAGAAAUAUCUGUCCGUAUCACAACCAUUCCGUCCUUAGGUGCCAUCAUAGAAAAUAUCACAAUUAGAGAGGUUCUAGACAGAGUUUACAUGCAACUACAAAUGUUUUUUGACGAGCCAGCCUACAGGGAUCAGCAUGCCGUACACGUGGAGCUGAUACGGACUCUGGCCAGGUGUGGGCCAAGUGCUGAGCCAAAGUUCAGAGACGAAUUCAUCCUGCCCCGACUGGCUGCCAUGGCAACGGCCAACAACAACCGCACCAACGACACCAAGAGAACGGACAUCGCCAUGCAGUUGUUUGAGGCCUACAGCGCCCUCUCGUGUUGCUUCCUAAGUGAACAGCUGAUUGCUGAGGCCAUGCUGCCCGGCCUGAGGUGUCUGAAGCUGGACAUGGAGGCCAUCGCUGCUGACCAUCAGGAGGUCGUGGCGGCCAUGAUCAGAGACUACCAGAACAAGUUGGAAGCCAGAACCUUGACCCCUGCUCCAACAGAUGACCUCAAGGCAUCGGUAAUGUCAAAGAUCAAGGACACGACCUCUAAAGCAAAUAUUGGCAAUAUCUUUACUAGAAAAAAAUAAAAGUCAAGGGAUUUAGCUAGAUUAUAUGAUAAAAGAUUAUAUGUAAAAAUCUUUAGCUUACAACUGAUGUGAAGGCACUAAGUUGGCUGGACUGGUCCAAUGGUCAUUGGGAUGUCCAGCCUUUGAAUCUAAUAUGUUGGUCAAAUUGUUACAUCACAUCAGAACCAUUGAUUUCAAAUGUUGUUGUAAAGGAAAUGAUCAUCUCUUUAAAUGGAUUUCAAAUGUUGCUGUAAAGCAAAUGAUCAUCUCUUUAAAUGGAUUUCAAAUGUUGCUGUAAAGCAAAUGAUCAUCUCUUUAAAUGGAUUUCAAAUGUUGCUGUAAAGCAAAUGAUCAUCUCUUUAAAUGGAUUUCAAAUGUUGCUGUAAAGCAAAUAAAAAUCUCUUUUUCUCUCUCUAAGCUAGACAUCUAUGCAUAUUUCAUUGCUCAAAUUCAUAAUAACCUUUUUUUUUUUUUUUUUUGUAAAUAUUUGUGCUGAGGCUACAGAAAUUUGAUAUACAUUUGUCAAGUUUAUGUAGGCAAACUUGUAGGCAUCAGUGCUGUGAUCAAUGCUAAAUCAUGAUUGGCUCAGCCUAGUACAACAAUUUUGUUCUCAGCCAAUCAUUGCUGUGAUCAAUGCUAAAUCAUGAUUGGCUCAGCCUUGUACAACAGUUUUGUUCUCAGCCAUACUUGACUAUUUGUGAAACAAUCUUUUUCUGUCACGAUUAAUUCAUGGCUAUUUAAGUACACAGAGAUUUUUCUCUUUUUUGUGAUCUCUUUGUGAUUAUCAAAUCUCUGUUAGAAUGUCAUGAUAUCAAACCUCUGUGUGAUUGUAAUGAUAUCAAACUUGAAAAACUACUUACUGUAAAGCAUUUCGUUGUUUGCGUCAAGUUUUUUGUUCCCAGAAUAUUUUGCUGCUGUGUUUGACGUGUUGUUUAGCCCAUCUCUAACCCAAUGUAAAAGACUUGAACAUUCCAAUCUGUGGAUGCAAGUUGUUGCUUGUAAUCCAUUGUGUGGAUGCCAGUUGUUGCUUGUAAUCCAUUGUGUGGAUGCCAGUUGUUGCUUGUAAUCCAUUGUGUGGAUGCCAGUUGUUGCUUGUAAUCCAUUGUGUGGAUGCCAGUUGUUGCUUGUAAUCCAUUGUGUGGAUGCCAGUUGUUGCUUGUAAUCCAUUGUGUGGAUGCCAGCUUGUAUCUACUCUGUCGUCCAAGUUUAACCUUGACUCAGUGCUUAAAAUCUAGCCAAGUAAAUCUUACACACUUUAGUAUUGUCAAUCUGUUUUAUACAUUUGUAUGUGCUCUUUUAAUCUUCUAAACAUUCCACUGCUAGCAAUCAUGUAGAAGAUUUUAUACAAGGUGUGUGUUUUUACUGCAGGAAAAAAAUAUUUCUUACCCAUUAAGCUCACAUAUUACCAUUAGGGUUAAAUUACUUUUUACAAAUUAACUUUACGUAAAAUUAUAGUUUCAAAUGCAGAUGAGUUAGUGUAAAAUCAAAACUUAGUUAAGUCCAUGGGACUGGAGUCUUCUGAGCCAACACAAGUCGAUUUUCCACUGGUACAGUGAGUGAGCCAACAAAAGUCAAUUCUACACUGGUACAGUGAGUGAGCAGGAUGGACAUGAUAACGGUGCAGUGAGUGAGCAGGAUGGACAUGAUAACGGUACAGUGAGUGAGCAGGAUGGACAUGAUAACAACCAGCAACAUGUGCUGCCAUGUCAUCAUUUAUGUAUGGCCAGUGAGGAUUGAUUGACAGAUCAUGGCGAGAUUGUUGGCCAGGCAUUAAGGCAUUGAAUAUCAAAUGGCUGCACUCUUCUGCUCAAAAUUAAAUAUUUGAAAUAUUUAGAGCUGUAAGCCUUUGGCUUGAUAUUAAAAGGGAAAGGAGAUUUAAUAUAAAAAUAAGAAAUCAAUAACUUUCCAGUUGUUCCCCUUGAGAAAAUGCAGAAGUAGGUUUAUAAUUAUAUCUAGCAGGUUUAUAAUUAUAUCUAGCACUAGUUUUUAUGAGUGUUGGGACAGGUUCAUUCAAUCAACAUUUUCCAUUGAUUAGAUCUUUAGUGUUAAAUCUUGUAAAUUGAAGCUUAAUACAUAUUUAUGUUUGUAUAAAUAUUUAUUUAUUUAUACAUUUGUUGUUGUCUACUUGGUGAAAUAAAUUUAUC